UUCUCUCUUAGCUAUAACCUCCUUUCUCCUCUUUUCAAUCCCUAAUAUCUUCCAUUUCACAUAUUUUUGUUCCCUUCAUAAACCAAAAAAAAAAAAGGCACAACACACAAACAAAAACCACACCCUCGUUUUCUAACCUUUUCUCUGGCUUGCACCAAGACCCGUUUUUGAUCGCAACCCAACUCUCCUUUCACCUUGGAUUUGAUUCCCCAAGCGCCCAUUUCUCUGUAUUCGUACAGCACUUCAACUGUGUGGAGAUUCACCUUCAUCCAUUUAGGGUUUUGAUCAUCUAACCUUUAUCUCUUAUUAAAAUACAUAAAAGAGGGAAUAAAAGUGCAUCUUGGUUUGUUUUGUUGUUUGCACUGGGAGGAGUAGAGAAAGAAAUUGUGCACAUGAAGUGUUUGAGGGAAAACCACUGAGAAAAUAGCUAGAGCUGGAUGCUUUUAAUGUGUUGCUUUUGUUAGUUCCGAAUAUUUGUUGCUGUGGAAGUGUAUCUGGAAGAAGAAGCUGUGGUGGUGGUGGUGGGGUUGGUGUUGAUUUUCGGCUUGGGGGUGGCUGGUGGGGUUUUACUUGGUGGAGCAGUUAGGGAAGGCAUAGGCUUGCAUGGGAGAACAUGAGACAUGGGCACAGCCACAAAGUGGGCUAUUGCCAAAUGGCUUAUUGCCCCAUGAGGCCGCAUCGGUGUUACAGACACUUGAUUCUGAGAGGUGGUUGAAGGCUGAGGAGAGGACUGCAGAGCUUAUUGCCUGCAUUCAGCCUAAUCCACCCUCCGAGGAGCGAAGAAAUGCCGUCGCAGACUAUGUACAGCGCUUGAUCAUGAAAUGCUUCCCUUGCCAGGUAUUCACCUUUGGAUCGGUACCGCUCAAAACUUAUUUGCCUGAUGGAGAUAUUGACUUAACAGCAUUCAGUAAGAAUCAAAAUCUGAAGGACAAUUGGGCACAUCAGGUCCGUGACAUGCUUGAGAAUGAGGAGAAGAAUGAGAAUGCAGAGUUUCAUGUCAAGGAGGUUCAGUACAUUCAGGCUGAAGUGAAGAUUAUAAAGUGUCUUGUUGAGAAUAUUGUAGUAGACAUUUCAUUUAACCAGCUUGGAGGGUUGUGUACCCUUUGUUUUCUUGAGGAGGUUGAUAAUCUGAUCAACCAAAAUCAUUUAUUCAAGCGUAGCAUUAUACUUAUAAAAGCUUGGUGUUACUAUGAGAGUCGUAUACUUGGUGCCCACCAUGGACUUAUCUCAACUUAUGCGUUAGAAACCUUGGUUCUUUACAUAUUCCACGUUUUCAACAAUAACUUUGCUGGACCACUUGAGGUGUUGUAUCGAUUUCUGGAGUUUUUUAGUAAGUUUGACUGGGACAAUUUCUGCAUAAGUCUUUGGGGUCCAGUUCCCAUUAGUUCACUCCCAGAUGUAACAGCUGAACCUCCUCGAAAAGAUGGUGGAGAUUUACUGCUCAGUAAGCUAUUUCUUGAUGCCUGUAGCUCAGUGUAUGCUGUUUUUCCCAGUGGCCAAGAAAAUCAGGGUCAAUCCUUUGCUUUGAAGUAUUUCAAUGUUAUCGAUCCUUUGCGUGUCAACAAUAACCUUGGCCGUAGUGUCAGCAAAGGUAAUUUCUAUAGGAUACGCAGUGCCUUUACUUUCGGGGCUAAAAGGCUGGCUAGAUUACUUGAAUGUCCAGAGGAGGAAUUGGUUUUUGAAGUCAAUCAGUUCUUUCUGAACACUUGGGAUAGACAUGGAAGUGGGCAACGACCUGAUGCUCCAAGCAAUGACUUGUGGCGAUUGAGGCUAUCCAGUCCCGACCAAUCACAGAGAUCUGAGAAUGUCCAGCACAAUAUCCACAAAAUUGAUAUUACCUCGAAUCAUGAAUUCCAUAUAGAAGGAGAUCAUGUUUCACGUAGUGGGCUGUCUCAGCAUAGUAAUUUAUCCUCUGAAAACUCGUAUAAAGGUAGUGAAGUUUCUACAGUGUCACAUACUCAGAGUCAAAAAAGUUAUGGAAGCCAAAAUAAUUCAAGGACCUCUGAUCAAAGCAGAAGAGAAACUAAUUCUAAUCAUGCUGCUCAUGUUGAUAAGGUCCAGAGGAACGUUAAGGUCGAUAAUCUUCCAACUGAUGUUCAAGGGAGGUUUCUUUUUGCCAGAACACGUUCUAGCCCUGAGCUAACUGACUCGUAUGGUGAAGUUUCUUCCCAAGGGAGACGUUCAAGAGCUGCAGAAAGUAGUAAACUCCCAAAUUCCUUUGCGAAAUUGGAGGUUAGUCAGAGGAAGAAUGUUGUUGAGCCUGAGAUUGUUCCAAGUUAUGGUGUUAGAAUAGAUGAUUCAUCAGCUAGGCACAUGCCAUCUCGCCAAAUUCAUGAUAGUUCUGCUGAGUCUAACAGUGGUUCAAAUAGUUAUCAUGAUGAAUCCGGCUCGGUGAUUUUGAGCGAAGAGUUUGCAUCUAUUGCAGGAACAGCUGGAAUGCAGAUGAUGCAUCAGGAGGAGCAAGACCUUCUGAAUAUGAUGGCAUCUCCGACAGCCCAAGGUUUCAGUAGUCAGGGUCAUGUUCCGGUGAACAUUGCUCCAGGUCACAUACCAUUUCCAUUUCCACCAUCCAUUCUCACAUCAAUGGGAUAUGCUCAUAGAAACAUGGGUAAUAUUCCUUUCAUUGAGCCUUCUUGGGGCACUAACAUGCAAUUUCCUCAAGGUUUAGUCCCUUCACCAUUGACACCAUAUUUUCCUAGCUUAGGAUUUGCAUCAAAUCCUCAAGAUUUAGUUGAAUCUGGGAAUGAGAAUUUCAGUCCUGUUGGAGAAGCCGAUAAUGAUUUCUGGCAUGAGCAGGAAAGGGGUUCUGGAAGUGGGGUUGAAGUUGAUAAUGGAAACUUUGAAAUGCUUCCAGAUGAUAAGCAACAGUCAACUUCGGGUAGUUAUAACUUUGGCCCGUCAUCUCGGGCAGCCGGCUCUAGUAGUUCAACUAGAAAUUCACAGAAGUUUACUAUAGAAAAUCGAGGCCCAACAAGAGAAGAGCAUAUAGAAAAUUUUCUGUAUCAAGAUGGCAGGAGAAAUGAGGUUUAUUUUGAUGAUAGAAUGCCAAAUUCUCAGUUGUCCAGCGGACCACCUUCAAGCUCCUUCAGGAGCAGUAAAACUUCUUCUGAAAGCUCUUGGGAAGGAUCAUCGGCCAAAUCCUCGAAGCCAACGAGGGAGAAAAGGGGAAGGAAAAGCACUCCCUUGGGGCAAUAUGGUGGUGUUUAUGGUAAGGGUAAGAACGCCACAGAGGUUUCAACGAAUAGAUUAGAUGAUGAAAACAGGGAAUGGACACAUUUGUCAACUAUGCCAUCGGACAUGUCCGAAAGAAGCACUGGCCCUCCAGCUGCUACUUCCUUGCAUGUUCCAAGGCAUCAAGUAUCCGGUUUUGAAGCCCAAGCAAGUGGACCAGAUUCUCCAGUACCCAUGGCCCCCAUGAUCUUAGGUUCUGGUUCUCGCCAAAGAGCAGCUGAUAAUUCUGGCCUUCUUCCGAUUGCCUUCUAUCCUACAGGGCCACCUGUACCAUUUGUUACAAUGCUUCCUAUAUAUAAUUUUCAUACAGAGUCAUCGGAAACUGCAACAAGCAACUUCACUGCAGAAGAAGGAACAGAUACCAAUGACUCUAAUCAGAAUUUUGAUUCAUCCGAGGGAUAUGAUCAACCUGAGGUUUCAAGCCCUUCCAAUUCUAUGCCAAGGGUGGUGACUGAGCCAUCGGAACACAAGCCUGAUAUUCUGAACAGUGACUUCGUUAGCCAUUGGCAAAAUUUGCAAUAUGGACGAUUUUGUCAAAACACACGUCAUCCUCCUUCAAUGGUGUAUCCUUCACCAGUUAUGGUACCUCCCAUUUAUUUGCAGGGUCGUUAUCCUUGGGAUGGUCCUGGUAGACCUGUUGCGGCUAAUGCCAAUAUUUUCAGCCAGCUUAUGAAUAUGAACUAUGGGCCACGUCUAGUUCCUGUUGCUCCCGUCCAGUCUGUUUCUAAUAGACCUGCCAACGUUUACCAGCGUUUUGUGGAUGAUAUUCCCCGGUAUCGAAGUGGGACCGGAACCUACCUGCCAAAUCCGAAGGUCUCUGUUCGCGAGCGACAUUCCACAAAUACCAGACGGGGAAAUUACAACUAUGACAGAAAUGACCAUCAUGGCGACAGAGAAGGGAAUUGGGUGAACACAAAGUUGCGAGGAACUGGACGUGGCCACAAUCGCAACCAAAGUGAGAAAACCGGCCCAAAGCCAGAGAGGUUGUCGACAAGUGAGAGCCGCUCUGAGAGAUCGUGGGGAGCUUCGCAUAGACAUGACUCCUUCAUUUCUCACCAGAACGGUCCGGUCCACGCAAACUCUUCACAGAACAGUGCCGCCAAUGUAGCUUAUGGAAUGUACCCUAUACCUGGCAUGAAUCCCGGUGGGAUAUCAUCGAAUGGACCAACAAUGCCUUCUGUUGUAAUGUUUUAUCCUUAUGAUCAUAAUGCAGGCUACGGUUCCCCGGCAGAACAGCUUGAAUUUGGGUCUCUGGGGCCAAUGGGUUUCCCUGGUGUCAACGAAGUACCACAGCCGAAUGAGGCAAGUCGAUCUGGUGGAGUGUUUGAAGAGCAAAGGUUUCAUGGUGGCUCUGCACAACGAUCCUCUCCGGAUCAGCCCUCUUCACCCCAUGUCUCAAGAGGGUCUUGAUUCUUGUGCCAGAUCAGAAUACAGAAGUUUUCAACUGGAAAAGGAUUUUGAUCCUUUUUCCAAUGGUGGGCAUGUAAAUGGGUGAAACACCUGCUCUCUCAUUUCAAGGCAAUUCUUGUUCUCAAGUCUCAACCCACUUAUCUACAUAAGUGAAGGUUCCUUUGGUAUAUCAUUGCUUGAUCCUUAUAGUGAAAGGUCCCUUUUUUGUGCCCUACUUGCAUGUACACUUAGACAGGUUGAUCUAACCAACUUUGGUUAUGUUUGCGGACCCAACACCUCGGUUUAGGGUGAAGCACGGCGGCGGCAAGGAGGAGCAUGCAACACCCCUCCAAUUCCACAAAAGUGAAAGAGUAUGGAAGACUUGGGUAUCAGAUUUUUAUUGAAGGAUUUAGACACAAUUGUAACCCCUCAAUCAUCAAAGUUUAGAAGGAAGAAAAACAAAAACAAGAAAGCUGGCUUAGAUUCAGUGUUUUAGAGAUUUUUAGCUUGUUACAGAGUUCAGGUUCACUCUUUUAUACAUGAUGCUAGUGUACUUGUUUUAUAUCAUGCUGAACUUGUUUGUUGAACUUUAUGAACAAUGUGAUAGUUUAGCAAUAAAAAUUGU